ACCCAUCCUUCAGUUUGGCCUUAAAGGACAACCCUGGUGGAAGCACGCAGCCAGAAUUAGUAUUGGAGGAAGUGUUGGACCGAGAGAAGCAGAGCUCCUUUGAAUUGGUGCUGAUGGCGGUAGACGGUGGAGAACCUGCAAGGUCCGGGACUGUUCAGGUUCGCAUCAACGUGACAGACGCAAAUGACAACCCACCGGUGUUUAGCAAAAGCGUCUAUGAGGCGCGAGUGUCGGAGAAUCUGCCGGUAGGGUCUCUGGUGCUGAGGGUACGGGCGACGGAUGCAGAUGUAGGCUCCAAUGGGCGAAUCUCCUACGCAUUUGGCAAUGUCCCUGACGACGUCCCUUCAUUGUUCACAGUUGACAGCGACAGCGGGGAGAUCAGGACGGCGAGUCUCCUCGAUUUUGAGGACAGGAGUAAAUAUAUCUUCGGCCUGGAGGCAAGAGACGGCGGUGGCCUCACCAAUCACUGCCAAGUGCAGAUCGACAUUACAGACGAAAAUGACAACGCGCCCGAGAUCACAAUUUUGUCCCUCUCGAGCUCCGUGCCCGAGGAUUCCCCGACAGGCACCGUGGUGGCUCUGCUGAAAGUUCGUGACCGAGACUCGGGCGAGAACGGUCAGGUGUCGUGCGAGCUGUCGGGAGAGGCGCCGCUGUCGAUCGUGGCGUCGUCGGGCGGCUCGUACAAGGUGGUGACGGCGAGCGCGCUGGACCGCGAGCAGGCGUCCGAGCACCGCGUGACGGUGGUGGCCCGGGACCGGGGCAGGCCGGCGCUGUGGAGCAGCACGGAGCUGGUGCUGGAGGUGUCGGACGUGAACGACAACGCGCCGGUGUUCGAGGAGGCGGCGUACAGCGCGUACGUGGCGGAGAACAACGCGGCGGGCGCGCUGGUGCUGCGCGUGCAGGCGCGGGACGCGGACGCGGGCGCCAACGGGCGCGUGAGCUACUGGCUGGCGGGCGGCAGCGCGGGCGCGGCGGGCGCGGCGCCGCUCGUGUCGGUGGAGGCGCGGAGCGGCGCGCUGUACGCGCAGCGCUCCCUGGACUACGAGCAGUGCCGCGAGUUCACGGUGGCCGUGCGGGCGCAGGACGGCGGCUCGCCGGCGCGCAGCUCCACGGCCACGGUGCGCGUCUUCGUGCUGGACCGCAACGACAACGCGCCCCGGGUGCUGUGGCCGGCAGCGGCGGGAGGCGGAGCCGCUGCGGCGCCGGGAGAGGCUCCGGGAGCGGCGGCGACUCCUUUCGAGGUGGUUCCGCGUUCGGCCGAGGCCGGGUACCUGGUGGCCAAGGUGGUGGCGGUGGACGCGGACGCGGGGCGCAACGCGUGGCUGUCCUACGAGCUGGUGCCGGCGUCGGAGCCGGCGCUGUUCCGCGUGGGGCUGCACAGCGGCGAGGUGCGCACGGCGCGCGCCGUGUCCGAGCGGGACGCGGCCAAGCAGCGCGUGGUGGCCGUGGUGAAGGACCACGGGCAGCCGGCGCUCUCGGCCACGGCCACGCUGCACGUGGUGCUGGCCGAGAGCUUGCAGGAGGCGCUGCCGGAGCUGAGCGAGCGGCCGGCGGGCGCCGAGGCGGCGGCGGCGGCCGAGCUGCAGUUCUACCUGGUGCUGGCGCUGGCGCUGCUGUCGGCGCUCUUGGUGCUGAGCGUGGCGCUGGCCGUGCUGGCGCGGCUGCGCCGGGCCGGGCCGCCCGCCGUGCUGCGCUGCCUGGGCGCGCAGCGCUUCUCGCUGGCCGGCGCCGCCUUCCCGGCCGACUUCUGCGAGGGCACCUUGCCCUACUCCUACAACCUGUGCGUGGCGGCGCCGGCCCGCGCCGUGCCCGAGGCCGCUUGGCCGCCGCCGCCGCCGCUGCCCAUCCUGUCGGCGGAGGAGCUGCUGGGCGGCGAUUCCUGCGAGAAACCGAGCCCGAGCAGCGACCUUGUCACGAGAGAGCCGGCGUCCCAUCCCGGUGCACCGCAGGUCUGUAAAACCCGGUUACUCUUUUUCCUGAGUCUUUCCUCAGGGCAUGCAGCGUUCUGCUUUUCUGCUUCGGUUGUGUUUUGGUAUGCCUCGUAUAGGUCUGUGUUUCAUUGGACAAGAAUGCUGUCCCGUGUCUCUCUAACAGCCUCCAGUGCCCGCAGCCAGUUCUGGUCUCAUCAGCUGUCUCACUUGUUGGUUCAGUGUAAUGUCUCUUACAUUUUAGCUUGUGGUGCAUCAAAUGUUGCAGGACUGUUGAUGCUCUCGGAGGCGGGGAAUAGCCGGCCGCGGUGCGGUGCCGCGGCGGAGAUGUGCGCGGCGGGGAGGCGCUGGGGCCGGCGGCAGCGAGCUCUGCUCUGCGCCAUCCUGCUGGCGGCGUGGCAGGCGGCGUGGGGGCAGCUGCGCUACUCGGUGCCCGAGGAGAUGCCCAAGGGCUCCUUCGUGGGCGACGUGGCCAAGGACCUGGGGCUGCACCUGCCGGAGAUCCGAGAUCGAGGCGUCCGCAUUGUUUCUGAGGGUAGUAUGGAGUAUUUCGCUCUGCACGAAAAGACAGGACAUUUAGUGACGGCGGAGAGAAUCGACAGAGAGCAGCUGUGCGAGAGUGUGCAGCAAUGCGUGCUGCGCUGUGAGCUGAUAGUGGAAGGAGAAAUGAAGAUUUACCGAAUAGAAGUAGAAAUCACGGACAUUAACGACAACGAGCCCAGCUUCAAGGAAGCUGAGGUGGAAGAAAGAAUAAGCGAGGGGACAGCGCCGGGUUCGCGGUUUCCCUUACCCGAGGCGCACGACCCGGAUUCUGGUCAGAAUUCCCUGCAGAGCUACGAGCUGAGCGGCGACGAGCACUUCUCGCUGGCCGUGCAGGCGGGCCCCGGCGGCGAUCAGCGUCCCGAGCUGGUGCUGGCCAAGGCGCUGGACCGGGAGGAGGCGGCGUUUCACGAGCUGGUGCUGAGGGCGAGCGACGGCGGCGAUCCGGCACGGACGGGCACGGCUCGGAUCCGCGUGACCGUGGUGGACGCGAACGACAACGCGCCCGUGUUCAGCCAGGCGGAGUACACGGUGCGUGUGCCCGAGGACGUGCCCGUGGGCUCUGUCCUCGUCACUGUCACGGCCACGGACGCCGACGAGGGUCUGAACGGACAGGUGACAUAUUCUUUUAAGAAAAUAACUGAAAGAGCCUCGAAGAUAUUCCAUUUGGACUCUGAGAUGGGUGCCAUCACUCUGUUCAGGAACCUGGAUUUUGAGGAAGGCAACUACUAUGAGCUGGACGUGCAGGCACGAGAUGGGGGAGGUCUUUUCGACACAGCCAAAGUCGCGAUCACGGUCACAGACAUAAACGAUAACGCACCCAAAAUUUCGGUGAGGUCGACGCUAAAUGAGAUUUCUGAGGACUCCUCAUCUGGGACAGUUGUCGCACUGUUACAGGUACAUGAUCUAGACUCGGGGAGUAAUGGCGAGGUGAGCUGCUCGAUCGAUGGGGACGUCCCAUUCCGGCUGGAGAAAUCCUUCGAGGACUACUACCGUGUGGUGACAGCGAGAGAGCUGGACCGGGAGCAGGUGCCGGAGUACAACGUGACGGUGCGGGCGGCCGACGGCGGGUCGCCGGCGGGGCCAAAUUCUUUUUUCCAUGCUUUCCUUCAUUUCGGGAGAGACCCCGGGGCCGGUGCAGCCGCUGAGCCCCGCCCAAAGCCGGGCCCCCUUGAGCGCGGCCAUCCGGCGGCUGCAGUGGCGCGGCGGCGCCUCCGGGUGUCGCUGUUGGCCGCCGCCGAGCGGCGCUGGAGCCGCCGCCGCCGCCGCCGCAGCGUCCUGCCCCCGCAGGCUGCUCGCUCGCCCGGCGCCGGCCACAGCGGCAGCGGCACCGCCAACAGCAGCAGCAGCAGCGGCGGCGAGAGGCGGAGAGAGGCGGCGCGCCGAGCUCGCUGCGUUUGA